AGCAUCGUAGCGCAAGUAUCUCGAUCGUUUUCACUGCUGUUCACUGCAUGCGAUCAGCGUGCGAAUGCCGGAAAGCAUGAUCGCUCGCGCCUCGUAAUCGACUUGAAACGAUUUUUUUUUUUUAAAUCUCCACGACGAGACACGCUCUCGAUGGUGUGAUUUAGUUAGUUUCGUACAAUCGUUAAUAUUCGCGCGAUCGAGGCACACCGCCAUCGGGAAAAACGGUGAAAAUUAUCACGAAGCACGCAUCGACGACCCCGUGAUUCUGCCGAUCACCGGAUCACCCCCCGAGCUCCACGGUCCGUGCUAUUUUAAUGUUUUGUACCGAUUGUGGACGUGAGAAUGGUCACUCGAAGCGAGAUGGAUCUUCAAUUUUUAGAUUUACAUGAUUUAACUGACAAAGAUAAACAUGAAAUAUUAACAAUCCUCAGAUCUGACACUACCGAUACCUUAAAACUACCAUGGGAUGCUACAGAAAAUAAUAAUAAUAAUGUUAAUUCUGUUACAAUGACAGAAGUUCCAGCACUUCACCAACAACAUUGGUAUAAUGCCAUGCCACCAACACAGACCUACUCGCAACAGAUGGUGUCAUUGUGUAAUGACUGGCAGGCAUCAAUGUACAAUGUUUCUACAAAUGGUCAUAUGCCAUUUAUGUCAGGACUGACAUAUCAUCCUGGAUACAAUCUCGGUGCCGAGAUUCAAGACGUGAAUUAUGGUAGAGAGAACGGACGCCGCAACAAUCGGGGCAGAGGUAUGAGAAGAGACAACUAUAAUCGAGCAAUUAAUUCCACUAACGAAGUGCAAUCAGGAUACAUGGGCGAUCAGGCGCAAUUUCACCCACAAAUACAUCCAAUCAUGUACAUUUACCCUGAUCAUCAUUCCGUCUCUACGCAACAACAUCAGGUAGCUGCCGGACAAAUCUAUUACGCACCGCCGAUGUAUUCAUCGAUACCUCAUCCACAUCCGAAUGCACAACCAAUUUCAUCUAAUUCGCAUGCACAACCGACUUAUCCUCCGAAUCCGCCGCAGAUGGACAGAUGCGUGCGACAAUCACAACCUGUGCCAUUGGAACAAUCGAACCAAGAAACCACAAAACAACCAAUUGUCAAGGUACAUGAUAAACAUGUACAAAAUACAUAUAUCGAUAAAUCAGUAUGUCAUCAAGUAAACCAAGACAACCACGACUCUAUGCAAACUAAUGUCAUUAGUAAUGCCAUUGCCACCGUUGUAAAUAAUUCUACACCGGAAUCUGUCAAGAAUUUUGACGAAAACACUGCCAAUAAAAAAACCAUAGCUAGCAGUGAGAGAGACCCAAAAAUUCAACACAAUAUAGUAUGGGCUGAAAAUUGCAAUGGUACAGAGAAAAUUGACGUAUCAUGCAUAAAUACUAACAAUGACGUCGAAAUAAAUCAAAAUUGUGAAAUGGACAAGAUGUUAAAGAAUGAAACUACAUCAAACAUUGCACUGAUUGUUACAAAAACUUCGCCUAAAUCUGUCCCUGCCAAUGCAGACAAAAGUGAAAUGCAUACUGAGGAGAAUGUUGUGCUGAAGGAUACCCAAGAUAAUACCGUUGAAGAUAAAAUACCAAAUGGCUCUUCAACCACAUCAAAUGAUUCGUCAGUCAUGCCAAAAGCUCCAUCGCCCGCAUCUGUAUCUGCCACAUCAUCUGCAACUACAACUAGAUCUUACGCGAGCCUUUUGAAAAAAGAUAACACCGAAACACAAACACUCGCAUCUUGUAAACCGACGAUACAUAUUAAUCAGAAUGACCCACCAGAAAUACCAACUCAAAAAGAAUCAACGAACCUUGAUUCCACACUAAAGAAUCAAAACGAUUCAUCCAGCACACCAAACGAUACAAGCACAAUAAACGAUGACACGACUUUGCAGAAUGGUGUAUUACAGAAUUGUUACGAUGAUCCAAAUUCAUAUAGAAUAGGUGAAUUUUUGUCCAGUUAUCAAAUGGACAAACAGACUGUGAGCUUAUUACCAAGAGGAUUAACCAAUCGUAGUAACUAUUGUUAUAUCAAUAGUAUCUUGCAAGCUUUACUAGCCUGUCCACCAUUUUAUAAUCUACUCAAAGCUUUGCCACUUCCUAAAAAUAGGGGCAAGAAUUCUGCUACACCUUUGAUUGAUAACAUGGUCAAGUUUGUUCGCGAGUUUACACCUUUGACAGAGGCCGCUCGCAUGCCCAGAAAAGAUAGAGUUCACAACAAACGAGGAGAAGAUACAGUCAUAGAUAUACAUAGUGGUGUUGCUUUUGAGCCAUCAUAUGUAUAUACAAUGUUAAAGCACACCUCUGCUGCUGGUGCUUUUUCUGUGGAAGGGCGGCAGGAAGAUGCGGAAGAGUUCCUAUCAUGUCUUCUAAACGGCAUCAACGACGAGAUGUUGGAAUUGAUAAAAUUGGUCAGUAAUGAUCAAAAUGCAAUCGCCAACUCGGAGAAUAAUGUCGGUUGUGCUCAUGAUGAAGAAGAGUGGCAGGUAAUGGGACCAAAAAAUAAAGGUGCUGUCACACGGUGUACGGAGUUUGGAAGAACGCCAUUGUCAGAUAUAUUUCGGGGACAAUUGCGAUCUAGAGUAUCGAGAGCAGGAGAACAACCGACAGAUAACGUGCAACCCUUCUUCACAUUGCAACUUGAUGUGCAAAAAGCUGAGUCUGUAAAAAAUGCUCUUGAAAUUCUCGUUGGGAAAGAUCAAGUGGAAGGAAUGACAUGUAGUAAAACAAGACAACAGAUAGAAGCAUGGAAACAAGUUACCUUGGAAGAAUUACCUGUCAUUCUUAUAUUACAUUUAAAAUGGUUUAUUUAUAAAUUUGACAAAUAUUCCAAUGGAUGCUCAAAAAUACUAAAGAGUAUGGAAUUUCCUAUAGAUCUAAAAAUUGAUGGCAAAUUUUUAUCACCAAAUACUGUGAAAAAAUUAGGGCCGAAACAAAAACAGUACAAAUUAUUCGCAGUUACGUAUCAUGAUGGAAAAGAAGCUACCAAAGGUCAUUACUUCACAGAUGCCUUUCACAUAGGAUAUGGAUCUUGGGUGAGGUAUGAUGAUAGUGCAGUGAAAAGCGUUCCAGAAAGUAAUGUGUUGAGGCCCACAUCACCUCGAGUACCUUACUUACUUUACUAUCGAAGAUGUGACACUAUCGGUAACCAACCGAAUAGUACUAAAACCCAUUAAAAAAUUUAGCGAGAAUUUACAUAAGCGAAAUUAUAUUUCAUUUGGAAUGGAAUAUAAUUUGCUUAAUUUUCGUGCAAAAUUUUUGAAAUGGAAUGACAUAAACCUGUUUUUAUAACUUCAAAGUUCUUGUUGAUAUUUGUAUUUAAAUAGAAAUCUACAAAAAAAAUACAGAAAGUUUUUAUAUAUUAUCCGUAAUAGCAUGGAAAGAGUAAACAUACAUUGAACUCUUAUAGUACUUCCAUGAAAUAUUCCUAUUACGAUCGUUGUUACAAGUUCUAUACAUAUAUAGUUUCCCUAAAAUCAUGCGAUAAAUAUAGCCAGGCGAAGUUAAGAUUCGUCGAGUGUUCCAAUCUGGGUUCACAUUUUUUUAGUGGAUCUAUAUAAAGAGCGUUAUAUAUAUACUAAAUGCUUUAUACGUUGCAGUUUGUGAGAUACUAGAAGAGUGUCUUGUGUAUAUAUAUAAAUAAAUAUAUAUAUUCUUUUUUCUGAAUAAGAUGACUGUAAAUGUUACUGGUUUCCAAUUUCUUAGAGGAAACCAAAAGUGCGAGAUUUUUGAAAUUUAUGACAAUGUGUGUAUAAAAUAUAGAGAGAGAAAUGCAAAUCGUUA